UUUUUUUUUUUUUCCUCUAAUAUUAUCAAUAUACGUAUAUCUUCUUCCUUUUUUUUUUGUUAAAUGACAGACAUUUCUCUUCCAUCUAAUGAUAUUCAAACUACUAUUUUAAAGAAUCCAGCAUUAUCAUCUUCAGUCAAAAUUGGACAUAAUAACUUUGACAAUUUAAUUGCUUAUACAGCUAUCCAUGUAAAAACACUCUUGAAAUGUUCUAAAGAAAGACAUUAUUAUCAACAACGACUAUUACCGACUUUACCUAUUUUUAUUCGACAUAUAUUUUAUCACUGUAAAUUAACUCCAACUAUCUUAAUUAUUGCUAUAAUUUACCUUGGUAGAUUAAAAAGUAACUUGCCUCGUAAAUCAAGAGGAGAAUUUGAUACACCUUAUAAAAUGUUUAUUGCUGCUGUUAUUUUAGCGUCAAAAUUCGCUGAAGAUUCAAAUAAAAUAGCACAUUCGAUUUAUAGACUUGUAGCGCCACUUUAUAAUCAUAAAGAAAUUAAUGAAAUGGAAAGAAGCUUUUUAGGAGUCGUACAGGUAAUGGAAUAAGAAGAACUAUAAUACUUUAAACGUUACUAAAAUAGUGUAAAAUAGUAUGAUUUAUUUGUAAAUCUUCUUGAAGUUUAUCAGUUUGUAGAAGAACAUAAAGAUAUUCUUGGCCUAGAAGUUAGUAUUCAUUAAUUUUAUUGGAAGAAUAUCAUAAAUACCCCCCCUUCUUUUAUUUUAUAUAUGUAAUGUAUAUCUGCAUUUAAUUUAAUUUUACACAUAAUAGACCUAUACUAUUUUUUUUCUUUUUUU